GGUCUCUCUAGGCCUCUCUUUCAACACACAGUGGCUAUACACCCAAGGUAUACUACUCUGCAAUCUCAAAAGAAGUAGCGAAACGGUCAUUUGGGGAGUAACACACGACUCUUUGAUCCGAGCAGAGCGCAACGAUGGCAGGCCCACGGAUCUUAUCGAGGACCACCAACCUCCGAACGCGGAUAUCUUCCUCUUCUCCACUCGCACACCCAUCGAGAUAUAGACAUCUUUCUUCAACGACAAUAGCGUCGCGCCUACCUCUACCUCUACCUCGCCGAAACGCUCAAAAGGACAUCUCUUACCGGCCCAUCCCAAGAUUUAGGCAUCUCCACACCUCAACCCCCCUCUCGGACAUCCCACAAUGGCCCAACCCUCCCGUCCCUCAACCGACCGUCACUCCCUAUUCCUCCAACUCGAAUGCAGGCGGACCGGGAAAUGAUAAUAGUAACAACAACAACAACAAUGGUGGCGGUGGAAAUGGUGGGAAAUCGACCCGAGGAAGCGUCUACGCGGAAUUAGCUGCGAGCCCGAUCGUUCAGGCUGCGGUGACGACCGCCAUCGGGUUGAUCGCCGUGUUCGUAGGAGGGGUCGGGUAUCUGGCUUACUACAAGGCGGACGUGUUGAACAAGAUGGAAGGAGCCUUCGCAGCGGGCUACGACCCCGCCCUAGAAGUAGGCAAACUGCACCACAAGAAACACCCUCACCACCCAGGCUCUCUCUUCGAACACGAGAUGCAAGAAUCCGACGACCCCUCCGACCCCCACUCGCACCCUCAUACCAACAUCGUCCGUAAAGAACAACAAACCGUCGAUGGGAUCGUCAAGGGCGAAAACGUCGGCAACUACUGGAUCCUCAUGGGUCCCAAGGGCACGGGGAAGAAACAUACCAUCAUCGAGAGUAUGAGGGGGAUCCAUGCGGAUGGAGCGGCGUUUGCCGAGGCGCAUGGGGAUCUCGAGGUGUUUCGGUUGAGGUUGGGCAAGGCGCUUCAUUACGAGUUCAACGAAGACUGGCAAGGCUCCUUAUUCUCCCGACGUGAUCCUCGAGAAGGAGGACCUCGGUUGGAUAUCGAACGUGCGAUGAACAAGCUGGAAAAGGUCGCUCUGAGGUAUACGGAACGUAGGGGCAGGCCCCUCGUACUCGCUAUCAGUGAUGUCCACCUGUUCGGUAACGACCCGGAAGGGAUCGCCCUGGUACAACAACUGCAACAACGUGCAGAGGCUUGGGCGGAAGCGGGGAUUUUGACCAUGAUCUUCACCACGGACGAUUAUUGGCCAUAUGAGACGAUGAAGAAGAACGCAAGUCGGCUCAGGGUUCUGAGUGUCCCGGACCUCUCCCCUCCAGAGGCUUUCAAUGCGCUUCGUUACCUUCGCUCGUGCUACGGUCCAUCGGCCGCUAUCGACCGAGCAAAGGACAAGGAACAGAUGCCGCAAGUCUUGCACCUGCUCGGAGGACGGAUCUCGUUGUUGCUACGUGCUGCCAAGGCUAGGGAUAUGCUUGAGGAAGCUCGGGACAUGCUGGAUGUGGAAAGAGAAUGGAUCAUGUCAAGAAUCGGCUUGAUUCCCGAUCACGAUGACGAUGUCAUGGAUGAACAAAAGUGGUCGAGUUGUUCGUGGCUCCUCCUGCACGAGUUCGUCAAGCUACAAAAGGCAAGGUUGGAGGGGGCAGAAAUCGCCGGGUCCUUGCCUGAUAUCGAGCUACCUAAGACGACCUAUGGGAAGGCCAGGGUGGUCAUGACACGUCCAGACUUUUUGAGUGGCCUAGAUUACGCAAACAUCAUUUCGAUCGAUAACAAGUUCAACGUGCGCCCUGACAACAUGUUGACUCUGAGGUCAGCCGAGCAGAUCACAAAUGAAGAAGACUUUGAAGAGACUCUCCAAUCUGUGCGAGACCGGGUAGACGAGAUCGAGGGUCUGCAUAGGCAGUCCGAGAUCUGCGUCAAGGAACCGUUCCAGAUCCGGUAUGAAAGCGGCGGAUGGCUUUCCUGGUUAUGGCCGAGUCGUGGACGGGUCAUAUCUGUCGAAGGCCUGGGUGCCGCUUUCGUACCGGCAAAGGACGAGAAGGACGAUUGAUGACCAUGUUGACUGUUCUUGCGAAGCGGUUAAGCAGACACCACAACACACUUAUACCCAUCUAUACCACCCUGUACACCCUUAGCAGCAAUUUAGCGACCAGUGUCGAGCGGAUUAGGCUGAUCGCCGUAUAGGGCGUUCAAACCGUAGAAUUACUGCCUCCACCUCAGCCUACAGGUCUUCAGUAGGCAAGGCG